UCUGAAGUCUCAAACGCGCUGAUCAUGUCUGGACGUGGAAAAGGCGCCGGUAAAGCCCGAGCUAAGGCAAAGAGCCGCUCCUCCAGAGCCGGGCUGCAGUUCCCCGUGGGCCGUGUGCACAGGCUGCUGAGGAAAGGAAACUACGCUGAGCGCGUGGGAGCCGGAGCCCCCGUGUAUCUGGCCGCAGUGCUCGAGUACUUGACUGCUGAGAUUCUGGAGUUGGCCGGAAACGCCGCCAGAGACAACAAGAAAACCCGAAUCAUCCCCCGGCACCUGCAGCUGGCCGUCCGCAACGACGAGGAGCUCAACAAACUGCUGGGAGGAGUGACCAUCGCCCAGGGAGGAGUGCUCCCCAACAUCCAGGCCGUGCUCCUGCCCAAGAAGACCGAGAAGGCCAAGUAAACAAACCACCCCC